UCAGGAGGUAGUGCCGAAGGAGUCUCCGCUGCACGCGCAGAAAAAGCUGCUAACAGUGAAAAAUGUCUGCGGUGCCUGAUGGGAAGAAGCUCGUCCGGAGCCCCAGCGGUCUCCGCAUGGUGCCCGAAAACGGCGCCUUCAACAGCCCCUUCUCCCUGGACGAGCCGCAGUGGGUCCCGGAUAAAGAGUGUCCAAGAUGCAUGCAGUGUGACACCAAGUUUGACUUCAUCAGAAGAAAGCAUCACUGUCGGCGGUGCGGCCGGUGUUUCUGUGAUAAAUGCUGCAGUAAGAAGGUGGCGCUGCCCCGCAUGUGUUUCGUGGAUCCGGUGCGGCAGUGCGCCGAGUGCAGCCUGGCCUCCCAGAAAGAGAUGGAGUUUUACGACAAGCAGCUCAAAGUGCUUCUGGCAGGUGGCACCUUCGUCAUCACUUUGGGAACGUCAGAGAAGUCUGAAACCAUGACGUGUCGCCUCUCCAACAACCACAGGUACCUGUUCCUCGACGGGGAAAGUCACUUUGAGGUGGAGUUGUCUCGGAUCUCCAGCAUGCAGAUUUUGACAGACGGGUCGAGUCCAGGAGGAGGGACGUCGCGUGCCAGCGGCAUGCUGCUCCACUACAAGCCAAUGGGCUCCCAGGACGCCCAGCAGCUGCGCAUGGAGGCAGCAGAAGACAAGAAGGCGGCCUCGUUAUGGCUGGCUGCGAUGCACAAGGCGGCCAAACUGCUGUACGAAGCUCGCGACCAGUGACCUGCGAGUCUGAACCUCCAGGGGGCGCACACCCAAGUGUUUUUGUACCCGGUCUCUGCGGGGGUUUGGUAUCGUUUGGAUUUUUAUUAACGCCAGUUCUGAUUCUGCUUAUCCGUCUGAUUCCUCAUCGGUUCUUGAUACCAGUUCUUACCGUGGUGAUUUCUGCGAGAAACGUUUAUACGAAAAGCAAACACUUUAUUACCUCUAUAACCAGUACUUUGUACAUCAUGUUUACCACAAAUAGGCUGAUUAUUUUGCUUUUUACAUCUCAGAGUUCUUUAAUCCUUUGUGUUUUAAUACUUAAAUCAGGGCAUGCAGCGUUAAUGUUUUUACAGAAAAUUAAACCGAUUAGUGAGACGGCAGGAAAAGAAGAUUUCCAACACAACUUAUGGAAGCUUCUGCUUUUGAUUCCUGCGUUUUUACGUUCUCAGAUGUGACUUUUUUGAUCCUUUGAUACUUACAGUUUUACAUUAUAACAGUCGUGAAAUGUGACAUUACACCUUUCAUAAACCCUUUUUCAUAACUUCAGAGAUGCAGUAAAUCUUCAGAUAGAGGCACAGUUGUUUAAAUAAUUUUAUAUGCUGCAGUUUAUUUUUUAUUUUUGUUAUCUGGGAUUUUAUUUCCUGGAGGAAGUGAUGAGACACUUUACGGAUCCCUGUAGGGAUAUUUUACAAUUAUUUUUUUUAAAUUCAGCUGACACUUCCUCUACGGAUGUCAGCUGAACAGCACCAAGUAGGGGCUGAAUGUCUUUGCUCAAGGGCCCUUCAGUAGGACGACUGAUCCAGUUUGAACCAGAUCUUCCAGAUAAAACUUUGUUACGUGCAGAUUAAAAGACAAAUCCACCUUUAAAACCCUUUAAUGCAGAUAAAACAGCAGCUACAUGUGAUGUGCUUUGCAUUUUUUAGGUUGUCCGUUGGCCAUAGAUGACAAAGCUUUCGCUUCGGCAGAGUUUGAAAAUACACCAGAAAGGUCUGAGCGGGAGUGAAAGGCAUUCUGGGAAAUGUAGGAUACUUUCACUGAGGCAGAAGCAAGGAUAGAUUCCCGAAAUGCAAAGAUCAUCACCGAUUUAUCCAGAAUGUAAACAAAACGGUUGGAUUUUUCCUUUAAGAGACCUGCGUCCAUGACGGUUUCAGAGUGAAUGAAAGUUCAGGUUUGUGUUUUUUCUCUGUAAAUUUAAUAACUCUUCUCUCCGCGACGAUUAUUUACAGAUUUAAAUCUUCUAAGGAAACUACAGACGAUUCAUGGAUUCACACACAGACACAAAUAAAUGCUUUAAAUGUAGUUUCAUGUAUUGAAGUUUUGUACGAGCUAUUUUGUUAACUAUUCCUACUUUAACACGAGGUGUGUACGUACUUACAUCGUUUUUAAAACUGAAAUAUAGUUUUUGUAAAACUUGUAAACAGGAAUUCUUUUUGACUUUACUCUGUUGACUUUUCCCUUUUUUAUCUUUUUUUUUUUUGUUAUUAUCGUCGUCCAGAGCUGCAAACAGGAUGUGAAAUCACCACCUGCAGUCAACCAAAUGCUGUUCAGUUGUGUUUGAGUCGGUGGGUUUGUCAGUUGUGUGUUUUUGUAGUUAUUCGUGCUUCCGAGGAUCGAUUUUACACAAAACGUUUUGGCUGAUUCGGUGAAGCUGCUGCAUGAAUUUUAGCCAGUGCAAAAAAAAAGUAAUCUCGCUCUGCAGCCACAUACUGGAAGCCCGAUCUCAAAGUUAGAUUACAACUUCUUUCAAAAAUUAAAGUGUGAAUGGACAUUUAAGUCAACAUUUAAACAUUUCCUAACCCUAAUUUUGAUUUUAAAGUAUGUGACGCCACAUGAGACUUUUUUAAAAAAUAUUUACACCCUGAUGUUGUUAUUGUGCCCACAAGUCCCCAAUUUCUCCUUAACUUCCCUCUUAAAGUUUGAAAUUUCGGUAGUUUGGAGCACUGUUGGGUGUUCAUAACAAAUCAAGAUUUGUAUGUUUAUCGUAUUUAGACUGAACAAAACUUCAAACGCAGCACUUUUUGCAGGUUUCAGAUAACGAUCCAAGCAAGCAAGAGACGUAUUUUUCUCAAAUUUUGAUUUACACCUUAUUGAUAAACUUUUUUUGUUUUAAUUUGCACACUUUCCUACACAUAAACAUGGAUUUUUAACAGAUUUGUGACCAAAAUUUAAGGGAAAUAUAUCUAUUGAAUGCAUGGAAAAAACAUGUUUUAAAUCUUUUACUUAAACUUGUUGAAAACUGGAAAAAAAUGACAGAAAUUAAAGUGUUGCGAUUCAAUUUUUGUUCAGUAUAUAAUCCUGAAAAUACACUAAAUCCUAAGCAUGAAGUGUUUUUUGUGACUUGAAGAUUAUACUGUAAAUUAGUUGUUGUGACACAAAAAUCUUAAUUCAGCGUCCUCUUACUCGCUAAGAGAGGAAGACUAUGAGAUGUGGAUGAAAGCUCUCAAAAAAGCAAAUUAGUGGAUCUAGAUAAGACUGUUUUCACUAAAACAAGCAUGCGUGACCUCAAAUCGGUCAAAACACACACGAAUAAAACACUCAAUUUAUAAAUGCGCGGUUGCAUUUCAGAUGUGAACACUAUGUCCUGUGUUUAGAUCACCAAGUAUCAUAAUUUGUAUUUCUUUAAAGUUUUGCUGCCAUCCUGUAUUGUCUUCCCAGUUUUUCUCAAAGCUUAAAGAAACAACUUAAAGUGAUUUAGUGGAACAAAGACUCGGUUGACCGCCGGCUUUUUUGGGCCUUUUAUCUCUCUGUCGUACCCGAUAAAAACAUUCAGCGCCUCCACUUUGUAACAUAAAGUUUAUUUUUGUACGCUGCUCACCUAAGAAUUAAAAUCGCUAGUCGUUGGCUUUUUUCAGAAGAGAUGGAAGAUAAAAGCUGUGUGGUCGCUCUCGAUGUCGUCUCUGAGGCGUCGCUGUACGUUCACGAUUUUAUCCAGUUUAAGUUCUUCCAUCUAAGAAACGUUUGUUAUGAAGCUACCUGUGAGGGCUGCACAGACAGCAACACAAAUCAUCUUAUUAACUUUUGUGGCUGAAAACUGAAAUGUCCUUCUUUUUCUUAUUUUUUUGGCUUGAGACCAGUUGUGUUAAUUUAAAAUGUUUUAAAUUGUAAUUUUUGUAAUUUGUCCUGUUUUUUAAUCACAAUCACGCACUUAUUAAAUCCACCAUUCUUAACAUUUUAUCAAAAAUGCACAAAUUUACAAUGAAUUUCUGCAGUUUAAUAUUUAUUUUUUAUCCAAACACAUUCGCCCAGUGCAGCAUUAAAUGUUUAUUUUUAGUUUUUUAUAUAUAAAAUGAGUAAAUCUGAGAAACUUCCUUAUGGUGGUGCAGUGAUGCUGUCUGUGCAGCCCUCAGACUGUCCUCAGUGUCGAGUUAACUGAAGAGUUUUUGUUGGAAGUCGUCACUCAGCCAGUGUUUGUACCUGCACUUUAAAGCCCGCCCUGAUCACAGUCCUUUUUAUCCCUGUGCUUCAUUUAUUACGCCGAAAACACUUUUGUUGGAUUAUUCUGUUGAGAAUAAAAUCAAGUGUUUAUA